UCGUAUUCUGGCAUUUGAAGCGUGCGGACGUCGUGUCGGUGUCGCGGACGCUUGUUUGUUUGUUGCUCCCGAACAAAAUAUCGUUUUACAAAUUCGUUGCAAGAAAUAUAAAUACAUAUUGUGUGCUUGUGUGCAUGGAAAAUAUAUUGUAUAUAUUGAGAAUAAAAAAGAUAUACAAAAUAAGUAAUAAUCCCGAAUCAUAUAAGAAGAUAAAUGAAAAUUCAAUGAAAUGCAUUCGUGAAAUUCAUUUGGAAAAUGUUCCGGAACGUGUGAAAUGUGACACAACAAGGAUAUAAUUGACAAAAAAAGUAUAAAGUACGUAAGAGAGCAAAAUAUUAUGUGAAAUAAGGAAAAAUGAUAACCUAAUAAAUAAAAUUGCUAGUCAAAUAGUUUGGAGAAACGACGAAAACGAAACGAAAUCAAAGUGGUUAGUGGAGGAUGCAAAGAUAGUGACGGAAUCGGAAAUCGAAGUCGAAAAAUAAAGAAACGAGUCGCGUCGAGUGCAUUUUGUGAGUUCCUAAAAGUGAAAAAAAAAAAAUCCGACUGCCUUUCUUCACGGCACAAUCCCUUUGGAUCAGCUCUUCUCCUUCUCUAAACGAUUUUCUUUUUACAAUUGACACUUUGUUGUUAUCUACGCUUUCGCCAGAAGAGAAGAAGCGGCGCGAGAAGAAAGCAAAAGAAAGUGCAACAGCAGCAGCAGCAAAGGAAGAAGCAGAGCCAAAAUAUAAAAAAAAAUAUAUCGAAACGUGUUUUAAUUUUAUAACAAUAAAUAAGAUAAAUUGCUGAGCUGCCGCUCUCGCUUGCUCGUCUACCCAACAACUACAACAACAACAUCGACUCAACAUAAUCAUCAUCAUCGAAGACAACAAAAACUGAACUACAACAACGCCGUUUAGGUUUCGACUAGCAACAAAAACUACGACAACAACUACACAAAAAGCAUUCCAACUGACGACGAUAAUAUAUGUAAACAAAAAAAACAAAACUAUUCUGAGCCACAGAAGAGACAAACAGAGAGCGAGAUAGAGAGAAAAGUGCUGCAAUGAUUACUUAGUGGGCCGGUGCCCGUAGCAGAAACAUUGUAUUUAAUAAAUAAUUUACAGUCGAAAAAAAUUUGCCAAGUGUAGGAAACACAACAACAACAACAACAACUCAACAUGCCUUACUUUUUAUAUGAUGUUGGUGAUGAAGAUGCGAUGAUGGUGACAUCAGCAACAACGACGACGACGAAGAUGCCAACUUCAUUAUCAGAAAGCGCAACAUCAACAACAACAGCAAAACAAGCAGGAUCCGCAUCGGCAUCGCAUGACAACAUUUGUGUGUUAUGCCGGCGUGUUUUCCCAGCAACAUGUUGCUCCAGUCAGCGAGCAACAUGCAGCAACAACAGCAACAGCAGCAGUUCCUAUGCAGACAUUAACUGCAGUCUAUGCAGAAGCAGAGACGACGCAACAUUCCCCAACAAGCUCGCGUCGGCGCAACAUUGUGGCUGUCAACAUCAGCAUCAGCAGCAACAACAACGAUGGCAACAACAUCGGCACAAAUGCCAGCCACUUGUUGCCAACGACACGCAACAUGCACCGUAUAGCUAUCGAGCAGCAGCAUUAUUAACAGCAGCAACAGAAAAUGAACGAAAUUUUGGGAAUAGUAGUAGUAGUAGUAGUAGUAAUAGUACAAAUGACAAUAACCAAAAAGAAACAGCCAAUUGCCACUGCAACUGCAACUGCAGCAGCUACAGAAACAAUCCGCGACAAAAUAUUAAUACAAAUAACAGCAACAAGUGGAUUAUCAACAUUUUCUUGCUGACGGAGCAGUUGCAAAAGUGGCUACUUUAUUGUGGUCAACUACUCGCCAGACACCGACGACACCAGACAGGAUGUCAUCAGAGGCCAACAGAACGUUUACAGAAACAACAGCAUUAUAAUGUGGCAUCACAACGUUGGCGACAACAGAGCAUUGCACUGACGCUUAUAACGUUGCUAACACUACAGACAGCAACAACAAUGGCACAGCAAGAGCAACCACAACAACAACAACAACAGUACUCGAGAAGUUCGUUUGCGCACAGGCUGGAAAGACAUUCGCGCAGUCCCAAUACGAUUGAUGACAACAUUAACAGAAGCAGCAGAGAUAACAGCAUAGCUAACAGUAACAGUAACAGUAACAGCACUCUCAUUGACAAGUACAGAAACAACAUGCGAUUGGCGAGACCCGAAACUUAUUGCAAAUCGAUGGACUUGCGAAACACUCCAGCUCUACUUAAUUCAUUAGAAAACUGUACGAUAGUUGAGGGAUUUUUGCUGAUAACGUUAAUGGAUAUAGCUAAUUACACCACCUCGUUUCCUUUGCUCACUGAGAUCACGGGCUAUCUUGUCUUUUAUCGCAUGAGUCAUCUCUAUUCGCUGUCUCAACUGUUUCCCAAUUUGAGCGUUAUACGUGGCAAUGUGCGAUUCGAAAGUUACGCCCUCGUUGUCUAUUCAAAUCCCGAUUUGGAGGACCUUAGCUUAACCAAUUUGCGUGCCAUUACCAAUGGCGGUGUACGUAUUGAGAAGAAUCCCAAACUCUGCUUUGUCACCACGGUCAAUUGGGAUAAAAUAUUAUCGUUGAAUGCCACGAAAGAUGCUGUUGUCCUCAAGAAUAACAACAACGAACUCGAGUGUCUUCGAUGUCCCGGCGAGAAUUCUAUUAUCGCCCAAAGCGAUGCUCCCGAAUGUCGUUAUGGCAGCGACAAUAAGAGUUACUGUUGGAACAGUCACGCUUGCCAAAUAAUUUGUCCGCCGGAGUGUCCUCACAAUUGCAUGGAUCGCAACACUUGCUGCAACGAAAACUGUAUCGGAAGUUGCACAGCGCCUGGUGUCACUGGAGCUUGCACCGCCUGUCGCCAUGUCUCCAUUCACAAUGAAAUCUGCUCGGAUAAGUGCGAGGAAGGAACCUAUGUGUACGAGCAACGUUGCAUUACGGCGGAGAUGUGCGACAAAAUCGGCAAAAAGUACGUGGAUAACAAGGAAUUGGAUGUGAUACGUGACAAGGGCAGGUGUACAACGAUCUGCGAUGCAGAUUCUUACCCGGAUCCGAAAACUCACUCGUGCGUUAAAUGCAAUGGACCAUGUGAAAAACGCUGUGAUGGCAUAAUGAUUGACAGCGCAUUGCGAGCCAAGGAAUUACAGGGUUGUACCAUCAUCGACAAACACGGAUUGGUUAUAACUAUCAAGCGUGGCGGACCUCACAUUUUAGAGGAGUUGGAAGCUGGUUUGGGCAGAAUACAUACGAUCAAUACAUACCUGAAGAUCCAUUUGACCUAUGAACUUCCUUCGCUGUCAUUUUUCAAAAACUUACGCGAAAUCAAAGGCCAGAAAACUAUUGAUGAUCGUUAUGCGCUCUACGUGCUGGAGAAUCGUGAUCUGGAGGGUAUUUGGGCAGAGAAUCAAAACGUGUCAAUCAAUGGCAGCAUUUUCUUCCAUUUCAAUCCGAAACUCUGUCUGGAUAAGAUUGACGCACUGAAACCAUUUUUACCCGGCAAACCGGAAACGUUCAACAAGAAUGAGGUGGCUGAAGAUUCCAAUGGUGACAAGGGCAUAUGCAAUACGUUAUCCUUCAACGUGAGUCUCGCAAUGUUGUCCAGCACAUAUAUUAGAUUCGAAAUGAAUAGCUCUGAUGUGAAAUACGAUGAUGACAGAUCGUUCAUUGGUUAUCAAUUCUAUCACACGAUCGAUCCUUAUGGCAAUGAGACCAUCGAUUCCUAUGUGCCAUGCUCGAAUAAAUGGAUUGUAUCGGAGCCAACGAGAGAGACUCUCAUUCAAAUAAACGGACUAAAGCCCUUCACCAAUUAUGCAUUCUAUGUGCGUACCAAGACAAUUUCAUCGGAGAAACGCAACUAUCAAAGCGAGAUAAUACGUUACAAAACAAGCCCAUCUCAGCCAUCGAAAGUGUCUGAACUAAGCGCAAUUUCGCUCAACGCUUCUCAGAUUCUGGUUAAAUGGAAACCUCCAUUACUCCCAAAUGGCAAGUUAAACCGAUAUAUUGUGAGCGUGAGGCACACUCGCGUUGAAGGUCUCAUUGAACAUCUUCGCAACUAUUGCAAAGAACCUGUGCCAAAUGCGGUCACCAAUGACACAUAUGAAUCGGCCAAAAUCGAGAUUAAAAUGAAUGUGAAUGAGAAGAACUGCACUUGCGAUAAAAGUCAAAUUCCCGAAUAUAAUGUGGAAAAUGAAGAAAAGAAAGUAAGGGAUUCCAUUGCUUUCGAAAAUAGUGUCCAAAACUUUGUCUACGUGCGAAAGAAAUCAAACCCAGCUCCAACCACGAAUGCGACACGCCGGCGAAGAUAUAUUGAAAUCGAUGAGAUGGAUGACAUCGAAAUCGAGGAGAUGGAUGACAAUGAUUUCGAUGUGGAUGAAAGGCAAAUGGAGAGUGUUAUGUCGCGUCAUGUGCGCUCGAUUAAUCUACAGCAACAGCAACAGCAACUAAAGAAAAAUGGCAUUCCAAAUCAAAAUGGUAACAACACAUCGAACAGCUCCAUAACUGAUGCCAAAACGUGGGAUCCCUUCCGCACAUACAUCACAAGCCACUGGACCCAAGUAGGUGCAAACACGACCGAGUUUCUAUUCAACGAUCUGCAACACUUUUCAUACUACAUUGUUUCGGUGAUGGCAUGUCGAGAGCCAGACCAUGACAACCCGAUUAUCGACUCGCUCAACGAUCCGUGCAGCGAAGAGGUUACACUCGAUAAGAGAGUCCUAAAGUUAGAUAAUGUGGACAAGGCGUACAAUCUGACGGGCGAACUUGUCGGCACCAAUGCCAACACGACGCGUGGCAGCGUCAAGCUAAGCUGGAAACCACCCGAGCGUCCCAACGGUGCCAUUGUUUCGUACACGAUCUUCUACGAGCGCCAGGAGCAGAAUGCUGUCGAGGAGAAACGCUGCAUUUCGGGGAGGGAGUAUGUCAAUCAGUCCGGCUAUGUGGUGAACAACUUGAGUGAGGGCAAAUACGGAUUUCAGAUACGUGCCAACUCACUGGCCGGCGAGGGAAUUCGAACCGAGACCUUUUACGUUGUGGUGCCGCCGCCCGGUAUCUCGGUGUUGUCCUUGGUACUGUACUGCGUGGGCGCCACAUUAAUGUUGGUCCUGCUAUCCGCUAGUAUCUACAUGUAUUACAUCUAUUCGCGACGCAAAUUGCCGCAGGAUCUGUACAUCAACACGGAGGUGAAUCCGUUCUAUGCCAGUCUGCAGUAUGUGCCCGACGAUUGGGAGGUGCCACGCGAACGCGUCCUCCAGCUGGGCUCCCUGGGUCAGGGCUCCUUUGGCAUGGUGUACGAGGGCAUAUUGAAGGGCCAGAAUCUUGGGGAUCCGGAUACGCCGUGUGCCAUCAAGACGGUCAACGAGAAUGCCACCGAUCGCGAACGCACCAAUUUCCUAAGCGAAGCAAGUGUUAUGAAGGAGUUCGACACGUAUCAUGUGGUCCAUCUGCUGGGCGUAUGCUCUCGGGGCCAGCCCGCUUUGGUCGUCAUGGAGCUGAUGAAGAAGGGCGAUCUCAAGUCGUAUCUGCGUCUGCAUCGGCCCGACGAACGUGAGGAUGUGCGUGCCGCGUAUCAGCAGCGCAUUGGCCUCACCAACUCCAGUGGCGCCACCUUGAGCGUGGAGCCACCGCCGCCCUAUAGUCGCAUCUAUCAGAUGGCCAUCGAGAUUGCCGAUGGCAUGGCCUAUUUGGCGGCCAAGAAGUUUGUGCAUCGCGAUCUCGCGGCACGCAACUGCAUGGUGGCCAACGAUUUAACCGUGAAGAUCGGUGAUUUUGGCAUGACCCGCGACAUCUACGAGACGGAUUACUAUCGCAAGGGGACCAAGGGUUUGUUGCCGGUGCGCUGGAUGCCGCCGGAGAGUUUGCGUGAUGGUGUCUAUGCCAGUUCCAGCGAUGUCUUCAGCUAUGGCGUGGUGCUCUGGGAAAUGGCAACGCUUGCCUCACAACCCUAUCAGGGACUGUCCAAUGAGCAGGUGCUGCGCUUUGUUAUCGAUGGCGGCAUCAUGGAACGGCCCGACAACUGUCCCGAGGUGCUCCACCGGCUGAUGCACAAGUGCUGGCGUCACAGGCCAACGGCGCGGCCGUCGUUCCUCGACAUCAUUGCUUAUCUGGAGGAUCUGUCGGAGCCGCGCUUCAAGGACGUGGCCUUCUACUACAGCGAAUCGGGUGUGCAGUAUCGUGAAAAGGAGCGAAAGGAGCGUUCUACGCAGCUCGAUGUCUUUGCGGACGCCGAUGCUCAACUCGAUGCUAUACACGUCGAUGGGGAUGAGGGACCGACGCCGAUGCGUGCCGGCGACUAUCCCGGCUACAAAACGAAUCGGGGCGAGCAUAACACUUCGUUGGAUCAACCAGCGGAGAGUCCCAUUGCCAUGGUCGAUGAUCAGGCCACCACGCACUCGCCCUUCAGCAUGCACUCGGCCUUCAUUGUGAGCAGCACCCCAGAUGCCUUGUCCACCAUGCCCACAGCAGGAGGUUCGCACAUGGAGGAUGCGGCCUAUGUGCAGGCGGAUGUGGACCCGGAUGCGGAAGCGAAUGUGGCACUCACAGCGGAUGCGGAACGUGGCUAUGAACUGUACGAUCCCAGUCCCAAUUUCGUCGAGUUGCCACACAGCGGCAGCGGUCGCUUGAGUGGCGAACAACAUCUGCUGCCGAAGGCGAAACGUGGCGGCGGCGUUGGUAGCAUUGUGCCCAACAUGAGCUCAUCGAUGCCCGACGAGAUGAUUGGCAACGCGGGCAAUGCCGCUGGGCCUGGGGGUGGGAUCAUCUCCACCUCAUUGCAACCCUCAACGGCAUCGGCGGCCAGCUCGAAUGCCAGCAGCAGUCGUAAUCCCAGCCUGAAGCGUGCUGCGGCGGACAUGUUUCGCAAUCGCGUUGGCUACGGCAUUCUCAGUCGGUUCAAUCAUAAGCGAAGCGGCAGCAAUGUCAGCCACAAGAGCAACAUCUCCAAUGCGCCCAGCAACAGCAGCAACACGAAUCUAACCAGCCAUCCGUCGGGCAUGGCCAUGGUCAGCAUGGGACCCAAUCUGGGGACCAUCGAGAGCGGCGGCAGCGGCAGUGCGGGCAGCUACACGGGCACGCCCCGUUUCUAUACGCCCACAGCAACAACGCCCAGCGGAGGCGGGGGUGGCAAUGGCAGCACCACCAUCAUCAGCGAUAAUCCCAACUACAAGUUGCUGGAUGAAUCGCUAAACAGCGGCAUGGUGGAUAACGCCCACGCCUGGCCACCGCAACUCACCACGAGCAGUUUGAAUCCCAAUUAUGAGUCGACUACGGCAGCCAUGAUUAGCGAUAAUCCCAGCUAUGUGAUGAUGAACGAACCACAGGCGGCCAUCUAUACUAGCGACAAUCCCAACUACGCACCGUUGUUGGCCAAUCGGCAAGUGCAGCCGAGCAGUUCCGAUGACGACGAACACGACGACGAUGACGAAGACGACGAUGACGAAGAAGAGGACGAGCAUACCGAGCACAUCAAAAUGGAGCGUAUGCCGCUCAGUCGACCAAAGCAGCAGCGAGCACGCUUCAUCAAACAACAACAACAGCAGCAGCCGCGCAGUCGCAGCGUAAGUCAAACGCGCAGAGGAGAGACACAAUCGCUGACGCCGACGUUGACGCCGACGCAGACGUCGUUGACGACGCCAACGGCGAGAGCGAGCGCCGCAACCACCGGCAAUUCGUCCAACAUACUCAAGGAAAAUUGGCUGAGGCAAUCGACAACGCCACGACCUCCGCCGCCAAAUGGUUUCAUAGGACGCGAAGCGUAAUAACGCAAGUGUUGAAAAAGAAUUACAUGUAAAUACACCCGCACACACACACACAACAAUUAGCAUAAACAUAUGUAGGAACAUAGAGUGGGAAGGUGGAGAAUAACUCAGUGAGUGAGAGAGCGAACAAGCAGAAGCCAUAGGUGAGCGAAAGCUUCAAAAAGCGAUAGCGCCAAAGCUCAUGUAGUGCUUAGCCUCACUGACUCACGCAGUUCCUGCAUUGGCUGCAGCUGCAUUGUUAGUGUAAUUUGUUGAGUUCGUAGUUAAGUUUCUGCUGUAAAUACUGAGUGAGAGAUGUUAGAUCCCCUCGAUAAAAACAACUGUAAAUCAUAUGCAUAUAUUUAAGACGUAAGGGCGCAAGCAAACUUUUGCCUAGAGCCAAGCCUCCUAACAAUUUAUUAUAUAUACAUACAUAUAUAGAUACAUACAAUCUAGUUAAGCUUAAUUUAUAUACUAUGUUUUUUUCGUAUUUGUUAAGUAUUUCUUUUAUAAUUUACUAGCGCCGUUAAAAACACACACAUACAACAAAAAAGAAAACAAAACAAGUCCUAAAUGCAAAUAACAAAAGUACAAAAGCCAACAACCAACCAACCUAAGUACCGAUUAUAUCUAGACAUAGACAACAAUACAAUUACAAUUACAAUUACAUGAUAUACAUAUUUGAGUAUGUAUGAACCUAACCUAACUUAUGUAUAAUUAUAAUAUAAUAAUUAUUUUAGUACCUACCAAAACGCAAAACGUAACGAAACGAAACGAAACGAAAAGAUGCAACAAACAAAAACAAAAACAAAACAAAACAGCAACAACAAUAAGCAAUACAACAAAGAAUACAAAAAUACAAAACAAAACGAAACGAAAUGUCUUCACUGAGUUAAUGUCCUUAAAUUAGUUACUAUUAUCAACUACAAAACACUACAACUUCAAUUUGCAUGUACUCAAACAAAUUAUUUUUGUUGUUGUUCCUUUUUAAUUUUUUAGUCUUUUUUAAAUGACAUUGUGUUGCAAUUUCUUUUAAAUCGUUUAUGUUUAAGUGUUGCUCGUUUUAAAUACAAAAACAAAACACAAACAAAAAAAAUAUAAAAACGAUACGCUGAUUUUAUGCAUGGCGCUUGGCAACUGGCAAAAGUUUGUAACUAAGAGAUAAAGCGAAAAUGUUAAAGAGAGGAGUGAAAGUAAUUUAUACACACACACAUAUAGAAAAGAGAACGACAGAGAGAGAGAGAGAGUUGUGUUUGUUUUAUCUUUUGGUUUUUGUUUUCUAAAUUAAUUUCAUUUGAAGCCAAGCUUCCAAAUUACGUAAUUGAGAGAGCUUAAGUAAACUUUUACAUAAUUAUAUAUGUACACGCUAUUUGCUAUAAAAUGCGCAUUUUAUUGUAACAUAUUGAUAAACUGUAGACAAAACAAACACUUAUGGAAACACACACUCACACACACACACCGCCACACAUACACAUACACAUGCAAACACUCUGAGAGAUAGAUUCUAGAUGAUAUUGCCAUAAACUCAAAUUUAGAACAAGUAAUAGAUGCAAAAAGAAACGGCGCUUAAGAGAUCAAUAUUUAUGGAUCAUAGACAAUUACAAAAAUAAAUACAUACAAUACAUGGAAAAAGCAAUAGACGAAUUACAUACAUGCAUACGUACAGUUAUGUAUGUAUGUGUGUACCAUAUACAUAUAUAUAUAUAUAUAUAUAUACAUAUAUCUUAGAAAUAUUCUAUACGAAUAGAAGACUUGCUAUAAAAACGAAACCCGCAACAGAAACAGAAGAAAAUAAAAUACACUUGCACACACACACACACAUACACAAACAUAAAUACAUGCAACAGACACACAGACAUUCUCUUCAAAUAUUGCAACAGCAACAAAUGGAAUUUUGAUAAAGCAAAAAUAAUAACAGAAACCGUAACAAAAGUAUUCGAUAUUUGCCUUCGCUCUUUAUAUGCAGUUUAUUAACAAACAAAAAAAAAAAAAAAAACAAGGAAAAACAAAAACGAAACAAAAAAAGUUAUACAUAUAUACACAUAUACUAUGACUUUAACGUAACAAACAAAUAGAAAAA